GCCGGUGCGGGAGCGGAGUCGCGCGAAGCCGGCAGGAGCACGCGGGAGCGCGGCCCCGCAGUGGCCCGGCCCGAGAGAGCAGCGCGCAGGAGCCGGAGCGGCGCAGCGGCCCCCACCCCAGCGCGGACCUCGCCUGGAACUCGGACCCCGGCCCCGAAGCGUGAUCUCGCCCUCCUCGCAAGCCCCGGCCGCCGGGCCGCGGGCAUGGACGGCGUCCGCUCGCCCUAGAUGGACGGCGAUGGCGGCCGCCGAGACGCCCCCGGCGCGCUGAUGGAGCCCGGGCGCGGCGCGGGGCCCGCGGGCAUGGCGGAGCCUCGGGCGAAGGCGGCGCGGCCGGGGCCCCAGCGCUUCCUGCGGCGCAGCGUGGUAGAGUCGGACCAGGAGGAGCCGCCCGGCUUGGAGGCGGCCGAGGCACCUGGCCCGCAGCCCCCGCAGCCCCUGCAGCGCCGGGUGCUUCUGCUCUGCAAGACGCGCCGCCUCAUCGCGGAGCGCGCCCGCGGACGCCCCGCCGCCCCCGCGCCUGCAGCGCCGGCCGCGCAGCCCGGAGCCCCCGGAGCCCCCGCGGACGCCGGCCCCGAGCCUCUGGGCGCGCAGGAGCCCUGCCCGGACCCCAUCGCAGCCGCUGUCGAAACCGCGCCUGCCCCCGACGGCGGCCCCAGGGAGGAGGCGGCGGCGACCGUGAGGAAGGAGGAUGAGGGGGCGGCCGAGGCGAAGCCUGAGCCCGGGCGCACACGCCGGGACGAGCCCGAAGAGGAGGAGGACGACGAGGACGAUCUCAAGGCUGUGGCCACCUCUCUGGACGGCCGCUUCCUCAAGUUCGACAUCGAGCUGGGCCGCGGUUCCUUCAAGACGGUCUACAAGGGGCUGGACACGGAGACCUGGGUGGAGGUGGCCUGGUGUGAGCUUCAGGACCGGAAGCUCACCAAGCUGGAGCGGCAGCGGUUCAAGGAAGAGGCUGAGAUGCUGAAAGGCCUGCAGCACCCCAACAUCGUGCGCUUCUACGACUUCUGGGAGUCUAGCGCCAAGGGCAAGCGGUGCAUUGUGCUGGUGACCGAGCUGAUGACCUCAGGGACACUGAAGACGUACCUGAAGCGGUUCAAGGUGAUGAAGCCCAAGGUUCUCCGCAGCUGGUGCCGGCAGAUCCUGAAGGGCCUGCUGUUCCUGCACACGAGGACGCCGCCCAUCAUCCACCGAGACCUGAAAUGCGACAAUAUUUUUAUCACCGGACCAACUGGGUCUGUGAAGAUUGGCGACUUGGGCCUGGCCACUCUCAAAAGAGCAUCAUUUGCCAAAAGUGUGAUAGGUACUCCGGAGUUCAUGGCGCCCGAGAUGUACGAGGAACACUACGAUGAGUCCGUGGACGUCUAUGCCUUUGGGAUGUGCAUGCUGGAGAUGGCCACCUCGGAGUACCCCUACUCGGAGUGCCAGAACGCGGCCCAGAUCUACCGCAAGGUCACCUGUGGUAUCAAGCCGGCCAGCUUUGAGAAAGUGCACGAUCCCGAAAUCAAGGAGAUUAUUGGGGAGUGUAUCUGCAAAAACAAGGAGGAAAGGUACGAGAUCAAAGACCUGCUGAGCCACGCCUUCUUCGCAGAGGACACGGGCGUGAGGGUGGAGCUCGCGGAGGAGGACCACGGCAGGAAGUCCACCAUUGCCCUGAGGCUCUGGGUGGAAGACCCCAAGAAGCUGAAGGGAAAGCCCAAGGACAAUGGGGCCAUAGAGUUCACCUUCGACCUGGAGAAGGAGACGCCGGAUGAGGUGGCCCAAGAGAUGAUUGAGUCUGGAUUCUUCCACGAGAGUGACGUCAAGAUCGUGGCCAAGUCUAUCCGUGACCGUGUGGCGUUGAUCCAGUGGCGGCGGGAGAGGAUCUGGCCUGCGCUGCAGCCCAAGGAGCAGCAGGAUGUGGGCAGCCCGGACAAGACCAGGGGUCCGCCGGUGCCCCUGCAGGUCCAGGUGACCUACCAUGCACAGACUGGGCAGCCCGGGCCACCAGAGCCCGAGGAGCCAGAGGCCGACCAGCACCUCCUGCCACCUACGUUGCCGACCAGCGCCACCUCCCUGGCCUCGGACAGCACCUUCGACAGCGGCCAGGGCUCUACCGUGUACUCGGACUCGCAGAGCAGCCAGCAGAGCGUGGUGCUUGGCUCCCUUGCCGACGCAGCGCCGCCCCCGGCCCCGUGUGUGUGCAGCCCCCCUGUGAGUGAGGGGCCCCUCCUGCCGCAGAGCCUGCCCUCGCUGGGGGCCUACCAGCAGCCCACAGCUGCGCCUAGCCUGCCGGUGGGCUCCGUCCCAGCCCCCGCCUGCCCUCCGCCCCUCCAGCAGCACUUCCCGGAUCCAGCCAUGAGCUUCGCCCCCGUGCUGCCGCCGCCCAGCACCCCGCUGCCCACAGGUCCAGGCCAGCCAGCGCCCCCCGGCCAGCAGCCUCCUCCGCUGGCCCAGCCGACACCCCUGCCGCAGGUCCUGGCCCCACAGCCCGUGGGCCCCCUCCAGCCAGUGCCCCCCCACCUGCCACCGUACCUGGCUCCAGCCUCCCAGGUGGGGGCCCCUGCUCAGCUGAAGCCCCUCCAGAUGCCACAGGCGCCCCUGCAGCCGCUUGCUCAAGUCCCUCCGCAGAUGCCCCCGAUUCCUGUUGUGCCCCCCAUCACGCCCCUGGCGGGAAUCGACGGCCUCCCUCCGGCCCUCCCAGACCUGCCGACUGCGACCGUGCCUCCCGUGCCACCACCUCAGUAUUUCUCUCCAGCCGUGAUCUUGCCGAGCCUCGCUGCCCCACUCCCCGCUGCGUCCCCAGCCUUGCCUCUGCAGGCUGUGAAGCUGCCCCACCCCCCUGGGACACCCCUGGCCGUGCCCUGCAGGACCAUUGUGCCAAAUGCACCGGCCACCAUCCCCCUGCUGGCCGUAGCCCCACCGGGCGUGGCCGCCCUGUCCAUUCAUUCUGCCGUGGCCCAGCUCCCAGCCCAACCUGUAUACCCAGUGGCCUUCCCACAGAUGGCACCCACCGAUGUCCCUCCUUCCCCCCACCACACGGUGCAGAAUAUGAGGGCCACCCCUCCCCAGCCGGCACUGCCCCCGCAACCUACGCUACCCCCGCAACCCACGCUGCCCCCACAACCCACGCUGCCCCCACAACCUGUGCUGCCCCCGCAGCCAGCACUGCCUGUGCGCCCUGAGCCCCUCCAGCCCCACCUUCCUGAACAAGCUGCUCCAGCUGCUGCACCAGGGAGCCAGAUUUUGCUUGGCCACCCAGCUCCCUAUGCUGUGGAUGUCGCCGCUCAGGUCCCCACCGUGCCUGUGCCACCGGCUGCGGUCCUCUCCCCGCCUCUGCCGGAAGUGCUGCUGCCCACCGCCCCUGAGCUCCUGCCUCAGUUCCCCAGCUCCCUGGCCACGGUGUCCGUCUCUGCGCAGAGUGUGCCCACCCAGACCGCCACGCUUCUGCCACCAGCAAACCCGCCACUGCCUGGCGGGCCUGGGAUUGCCAGCCCCUGCCCAGCUGUCCAGCUGACGGUGGAACCAGCCCAAGAGGAGCAGGCCUCACAGGACAAGCCGUCCGGCCUCCUGCAGAGCUGUGAGAGCUACGGAGGUUCUGAUGUCACUUCUGGAAAAGAGCUGAGUGACAGCUGCGAAGGCGCCUUUGGAGGGGGCAGGCUGGAGGGCAGGGCAGCCCGGAAACACCACCGCAGGUCCACGCGCGCACGCUCCCGGCAGGAGAGGGCCAGCCGGCCCCGGCUUACCAUCUUGAACGUCUGCAACACUGGGGACAAGAUGGUGGAGUGCCAGCUGGAGACGCACAACCACAAGAUGGUGACCUUCAAGUUCGACUUGGAUGGGGACGCACCUGAUGAGAUUGCCACGUAUAUGGUGGAGCAUGACUUCAUCCUGCAGGCCGAGCGGGAGACGUUCAUCGAGCAGAUGAAGGAUGUCAUGGACAAGGCAGAGGACAUGCUCAGCGAGGACACGGAUGCUGACCGUGGCUCUGACCCAGGGAUCAGCCCGCCACACCUCAGCACCUGUGGCCUGGGCGCCGGGGAGGAGAGCCGGCAAUCCCAAACCAACGCCCCCGUGUAUCAGCAGAACGUCUUGCACACUGGGAAGAGGUGGUUCAUCAUCUGUCCGGUGGCUGAGCACCCCGCCCCCGAGGCCCCUGAAUCUUCGCCCCCACUUCCUCUCAGCUCCAUGCCUCCAGAAGCCAGCCAAGAUCCAGCGCCCUAUAAAGACCAGCUGUCCUCAAAGGAACAACCCGGCUUUCUAGCCGGUCAGCAGCUCCUGAGCCAGGCGGGCCCCAGCAACCCUCCUGGGGGGCCCCCAGCCCCUUUGGCCCCCUCCUCCCCUCCUGUGACUGCUCUGCCCCAAGAUGGAGCAGCUUCAGCCACCAGCACCAUGCCAGAGCCAGCAUCAGGAACUGCCAUCCAGGCAGGGGGUCCAGGGACCCCUCAGGGGCCGACCAGUGAGCUCGAGACUUCUCAGCCACUAGUGGAGACUCACGAGGCCCCGCUUGCUGUGCAGCCCGUCGUGGUGGGCCUAGGACCUUGCGCUCCAGCUCCAGAGGCCGCCUCAACCAGGGAGGCCAGUGCCCUAGGGGAGCCCCUGCCAGCUCCUGCACCUGAGCCCAGCCCCCACAGCGGGGCCCCACAGCCCGCCUUGGGUCAGCCCACUCCCCUGCUUCCUGCCUCAGUGGGGGCUGUCAGCCUGGCCACUUCUCAGCUCCCAAGCCCACCCCUGGGACCCACCGUGCCCCCACAGCCACCCUCGGCCCUGGAGUCGGAUGGGGAAGGGCCGCCCCCCAGGGUCGGCUUUGUGGACAGCACCAUCAAGAGCCUGGACGAGAAGCUGCGGACUCUGCUCUACCAGGAGCAUGUGCCCACCUCCUCAGCCUCAGCCGGGACCCCUGUGGAGGUGGGCGACAGAGACUUCACCCUGGAGCCCCUGAGAGGGGACCAGCCCCGCUCAGAGGUCUGCGGGGGGGACCUGGCCCUGCCCCCAGCGCCUAAUGAGGCGGUUGCAGGGCGUGCCCAGCUGCCCCAGCCCUUGGUGGAAAAGUCAGAACUGGCCCCCACUCGAGGGGCUGUGAUGGAGCAGGGCACAUCUUCGUCAAUGACAGCAGAGGCAUCUCCCAAGAGCAUGCUGGGCUAUGACAGAGAUGGAGGGCAGGUGGCCUCAGACUCCCGUGUGGUCCCCAGCGCCCCCCAGGAUGUACCUGCUUUUGUGAGACCUACACGCGUGGAGCCCGCAGACAGGGAUGGUGGAGUUGCUGGAGAAAGCUCAGCAGAGCCCCCUCAAAGUGGCGUGGGCAUUUCCACAGCAGGUGGUCAGGCCAGCCACCCCCAGACACUUGGCGCUCGAGCUUCGGGGUCCCCUCGGAAACGUACAGAGCAGCAGGAUGUCAGCUCACCAGCCAAGACUGUGGGCCGCUUCUCGGUGGUCAGCACUCAGGAUGAGUGGACCCUGGCCUCCCCCCACAGCCUGAGGUACUCCGCCCCUCCCGAUGUCUACCUGGACGAGGCCCCCUCCAGCCCCGAUGUGAAGCUGGCGGUGCGGCGGGCGCAGACGGCCUCCUCCAUCGAGGUCGGCGUGGGCGAGCCCGUGUCCAGCGACUCCGGGGACGAGGGCCCUCGGGCGAGACCCCCGGUGCAGAAACAGGCGUCCCUGCCUGGGAGUGGCAGCGUGGCCGGCGACUUCGUGAAGAAGGCCACCGCCUUCCUGCAGAGGCCUUCUCGUGCCGGCUCGCUGGGACCUGAGACGCCCAGCAGGGCAGGCAUGAAGGUCCCCACGAUCAGUGUGACCUCCUUCCAUUCCCAGUCGUCCUACAUCAGCAGCGACAACGACUCGGAGCUCGAGGACGCUGACAUCAAGAAGGAGCUGCAGAGUCUGCGGGAGAAGCACCUGAAGGAGAUCUCCGAGCUGCAGAGCCAGCAGAAGCAGGAGAUCGAGGCUCUGUACCGCCGCCUGGGCAAGCCACUGCCCCCCAACGUGGGCUUCUUCCACACGGCACCCCCCACUGGCCGCCGGAGAAAAACCAGCAAGAGCAAGCUGAAGGCGGGCAAGCUGCUGAACCCCCUGGUGCGGCAGCUCAAGGUCGUGGCCUCCAGCACAGGUCACUUGGCUGACUCCAGCAGAGGCCCUCCCGCUAAGGACCCUGCCCAAGCCAGUGCGGGGCUCACUGCAGACAGCACGGGCCUGAGCGGGAAGGCAGUGCAGACCCAGCAGCCCUGCUCCGUCCGGGCCUCCCUGUCUUCGGACAUCUGCUCCGGCUUAGCCAGUGAUGGAGGCGGAGCGCGUGGCCAAGGCUGGACGGUUUACCACCCAACGUCUGAGAGAGUGACCUAUAAGUCUAGUAGCAAACCUCGUGCUCGAUUCCUCAGUGGACCCGUAUCUGUGUCCAUCUGGUCUGCCCUGAAGCGUCUCUGCCUAGGCAAAGAACACAGCAGUAGGUCCUCCACCAGCAGCCUGGCCCCAGGCCCUGAGCCAGGCCCCCAGCCCGCCCUGCACGUCCAGGCGCAGGUGAACAACAGCAACAACAAGAAGGGCACCUUCACGGACGACCUGCACAAGCUGGUGGAUGAGUGGACGAGCAAGACGGUGGGGGCCGCACAGCUGAAGCCCACGCUCAACCAGCUGAAGCAGACCCAGAGGCUGCAGGACAUGGAGGCCCAGGCAGGCUGGGCUGCCCCUGGCGAGGCGCGGGCUAUGACCGCACCUCGAGCAGGAGUGGGGAUGCCACGUCUGCCCCCAGCGCCCGGCCCGCUCUCCACCACGGUCAUUCCCGGAGCCGCCCCGGCCCUGUCCGUGCCCACACCAGAUGGUGCCCGCGGAACCGCCCGGAGAAACCAGGUGUGGUUUGGCCUCCAAGUCCCCCCCACCGCCUGCUGUGGGCACAGCACUCAGCCGCGAGGGGGACAGCGGGUGGGCAGCAAGACUGCUUCCUUUGCGGCUUCAGACCCUGUUCGCUCCUAGGUUCCUGUGGUCCACGCGCCGUCUCCACACCCACUUCCUAUACUUGAGUUGGUGGUUAGAACCUUGUCGUCACCCUGCAGAAGUACAGUGCCUUGAAUGCCAGCUUUUCCGUUCCCUGAUGAAAAGAUAUGUUUAAAAAAAUUAUCGGAAAAGGUUUCAUUUGCAAUUGGCUUGUGCAUUGAUAAUCUUUAUUUACUGUUUUAAGUUGCAGAGAUGUGAAUGGUUUACAAAUCUGAAGCUGAAGUUCAAUCUUUGGUUUUCUGUUGUAAAUGCCUUUUUAAAACAUUGAAUUAGCUACCUUAAGUACUGAAGAGCUUCCAGUGCUAGGCGAGCCCUGCUUUGUCCUCAGUAGAGUGCCGGUUCCCUGGGCUCAUCCAGGGGCUGAGAGACGGCAGGACGCUGGGGCAGGGCACACUGGCGGAGCUGCUUGCUCAGUAGGGAAUGUCAGCUGCUGCACUGGGCCAUGAGAAAUCCACCAGAAAACGUUAGGUGAGCAAACAUGCCUCGGCGCCAGUGGGCUGCUGUGAGGAUAAGGUGUGUGUUGGGCGUAGAAACUCUGGCUGCCCGCCCACCCUGUGGAGACAAGCACAGCUCCUUCAGCUGGAGAGGCUGCCCUCUCUCCUGCCCACUUCCCUCCCUUCUCCAUGAUUUCCAUGGAGGCCUGCGGCUCUGCUCACCCCUGGCACGCAGACCGCUCUCCUGUCCACCACUCAGUCUGCUCUGCGGAGGGCGGGGUCAUUCUUCUCCUGGAGAUUUCAGUGGGACUCGUCCCCAGCGGGCACAACAUAGCCCUUGGUGGGAGGGGAAGGCCCCAGCCUCCUCCACCUCCUGCUGGAAAGCAGGCUGCUUGGGACUGCCCAGCUGUGAAUUGUAUAGUUUCUGUACUUAUUAGAACUGGGUACAUUAUUUUGGUUCAAAUCUAUUAUUCCAUCAAUUCAGUUAGAAUUGAAUUUUCUAGGUGUUAUGCAGAAUCUUCUGCCAGGGCACGAUGCUGUCGUAAGAGAUUUCUGUUCUCUGUACUGGGCCCCCUUGCCCUGUUCCUUGAGUGAAGUGGGGGCUGCCCUCACCUGUCCCCCUUGCCUGUGAAUCCCUUCCUCGUACAUGGUGGUCAGUGGCACGGAAUCCCCGAGAGAUUGUAUAUCUGAAGGAGAAAAAUAAACACUUUUGCUCGAAAA